GAAUUUCUCAACCGGGACCACCCUUCCACGCUUGCAAUAUGUUUUUCACCUAACCCAACCCACGCUCUUCAUUCUGCCUCCUCUUUUCGCCAAGACUCUUCCACCCCAGCCUCUUUCAUUUCGAACGAGGAGGGAUGGGUUGUCGGUCCCGAAGGCCGGCUUCUUCUCUGGAUCCCACUCAAUUUCCAUCCGGUGAUGUAUGCGCCAGGCAACACACUCGUGAUACCCAAUCACGCCUCGCAGUUUGAUUUGAGUUAUCUCGCGCAUGGCACAUCUUGGCACGAGUGU